AUGGAGAAGACAUACUCCCUCACGGCCCACUACGAUGAGUUCCAGGAGGUCAAGUAUGGUGGUCGCUAUAGCAGUGGCACCCUUAGCAACGGAAUGAGCCUGCACUUGGGCGGGAGCCUGGACCGUAAUGUCGGGCGGGGCCGAGGCAAAGGGGGCGGGGCUAGUGAUCGGAGUCGGGACCUGAGUGGCAUCAACAGCGGACAGGGACUUCCUCGUUGGAGCCGCAGGGAGAUCUGCCUGCUCUCUGCUCUGGUGUUCGCUGCGGGGAUGUGUGUCAUCCUGGGCAGCAUGCUGACACUGAAAUACAUCUCCCUGGACUUCCAGCAGGAGGGGCACUGCAGACAGGACUGCCAGAAGAAACGCUCGUUAGUCCGCGCCGCACGCUUCGUCCAGGCCAACAUCGACCCCACCAUCCAGCCCUGCCAGGACUUCUACAGCUUCGCCUGCGGCGGCUGGCUACGGCGCCACGGCAUCCCAGAGGACAAGCUGAGCUACGGCAUCAUCACCGCCAUCGGAGAGCACAACGAGGAGAAACUACGACGCCUCCUGCUGGAGCCUGUGCACCGGCGCACCAUGGACUCGGCUGAACGCAAGGUGAAAGAGUUCUACCGCUCCUGUGUGAACAUCCAGGAGAUUGACAAGCUGGGGUCGGGGCCCAUGACGGAGGUGAUUGACAGCUGUGGCGGGUGGGACCUGGUUGGAGCGCCCUCUGGUGGUGCGGGGUGGGAGAGCAGUACUGCACCAGCCAGGCCAGACUUUAAUGAGCUGCUCUAUAGGACCCAGGGGGUGUACAGCACUGCUGUCUUCUUCUCUCUCACUGUCAACGUGGACGAUAAGAACUCCUCACGCAACGCUAUCAGGGUAAGAGUGUGUGUCUGUGUGUGUGUCUGUGUGUGAACACCUACUGUUUAUCAUCUGACUGAUAUACCAUCUGUUUACUUACAUGUCGGUGUUGUUUACACGUGUUCAUAUGUGUUCUCUUGACUGUGAUCGUAUGUGUGUAUAUUUGUAGAUUGAUCAGGAGGGGCUCACACUGCCUGAGAGGACUCUGUACCUGGGGCAGGAUGAGGACAGUGUGAAGGUAAAGGAUUACCCCCUCCCUCUUUCUAUCCACCACUUAAUCUCUCCAUCUGUUCACUUAUCGACCCAUUCCUUUCUUCUCCAUCCAUCCACCUGUUUGUUCCUGUCAUCUCUGUUCCAUUUCUGAUCCUGUCUGCUCUGCCAUAUGUCACACUGCUGACCAUUGACCAUUAAUAAUGAUGUAAUGUUGUUGUCCAAUGUCCAUUAAUAAUGAUGUCAUGGACAGAUCCUGGCAGCUUACAAGGCCCUGAUGGAGCGUCUGCUAAGCAUGCUGGGAGCUCACAAUGCCACUCAGAAGUCCAAAGAGAUCCUACAGCUGGAAACACGCCUGGCCAACGUAAGUGUAUGUAUGUGUGUGUGUGUGUGUGUGUAUGUGUGUGUGUUCAGUUAUAAUGUUUCUUCCCCUCUUUUUCAGAUCACUGUGUCUGAGUAUGAUGAACAGAGAAAAGACAUCAGCACUAUGUACAACCGCAUCACCCUGAGACAACUACAGCGCAUCGCUCCCAGUGUGAGUACCACACACACACAUCUUUCUAUCUGUAUUGUGUGUGUGUAUGAGCAGAAGUAUGAUGGAUUAAGAGCUGAACUCCAGCAGAGCAUUGUGAAGAGUGUGUGCGCGCGCGUGGGGGGGGCCAUUCUACGCCCCGUGGACCGUUCAUACUCACGCCUCCGUGGCUCAGCAAAGCUGUCCGCCUUGCGGGGAUAGGAGACCAACAGGGGGCUACGGAACGAGGGAGGUGGGAAGAAGAGAUGGAGAGAGAGGGUAGAGAAAGGGAGAGGACGGGAUAAAUGGGGGGGGGGGGGGGGGUCGAUGGGGGACUACAGAAGGAGGAUAGAGGGAGGAGGGGGGAAGAGGAGAGAGAGGGGACUGAUGGGGGAGCAUAUGGAAAUGAAUCUGGGGGAGAGAGGGACUGAGGGGAGGUAGGGAGCGUUGGAGAGCAGCAGGAAACUGAUGGAGAAUUCAGAGCUGCUCCAUCACUUCUGAUUGGAGAAGAAGGGAGGGGAGGGGAGUGAAGGGGGGAGUGGACAUGAACGGAGAGAGCGAUGGAUGAAGUGCGCUUCACUAGCAUCACUGAUAAAACAAGAGAAAGAAACAUGAGAGACAAAUAAUACAUGCAAAAGAGAUGACUAAAAAGGUGCAAAUGGAGAGUGAGAGUGACAUACAGAUGGACGUAGAGACCCAGGGGAGGAGUAAUAGACAGUAGCUGUAACUGUCGGUUAGAUAGAUGGACAAUUAACGUUAGAUAUACAGAUGUAGGAUCUUAAUUUGAUCACUCUUUUUGUUGCUGAGAACUUUCCUGCACUGCACGAAAUGCAAAUUUGUAGUGCAUUUGAGUUUUAAAAAGGCUUCUAAAGUUUGUAAUUUCCUCAUUGAAAUGUCUGACUUGAUUUGCCCUAAUGAAAAAUGUAUCAACCCCUAAAAAAAAAUCAAUUAAUUAUAAUCUACAUAAUAAUUCACAUUUCCUGUUGCUGCAGGAUUAUUUUCCUGCUGUAGCAAACUGGCUCAAAUUAAGAGCCUACAUCAGUACACGCUCAGACAGACAGACAUGGUCAUACUGAUUUAUCCCUCUCCACCUUUUUUAUAUAUAUAUUCCCCUUUAUUACUUUCCAACCCCGCCACCCUUUCCCCACUUGGAGUAAACUAGUGAACAACAACGCCUAGGCCUCUACUUCCAGCCCAUACCCACUAUCUAUAUUUUAUGGACACAGUCAAUUUUACAAUAAUUACAUUUUGUUUGUUCUUUCUCCUGAACUUCUACUCUCAACCUCUCCGAUCAUUUUCAUGAUGUCCAUCCGGUUUGCUUCUAUAUGCCAUAUCUUUCUAACUGUGCUCCUUCACAAAAGCUCCCAACCUACAACCCAUACACUUACAUUAUUAGUUAUCUUAUUGUUUGUUGUUAGUUGUUAUUAGUCCCAUCCUUCAAUUCCAUUCAACACCUCCCAUCUAUAUUUUAACACCAUCCAUAUAGGAUUUCUAUUUGCCAUAUAUAUUUACACUGUACUGUGAUGUCUUACAAAAGUUCUGAACCUUUCUAUUCUCAUUGUUUCUACAGAUUGUGAAUUGAAAAUAAACAUUUUUGCUAAUAGUAUUAUUUUGUUAUUGAUCGAUUGACUAUGACUUUUCAGAUCACCCAGUAGUGCUAUCUGCAGGGUUAGCUCCAGGUAAAUAUUGCAAUCCUUUAGCCAUUCCUGGACCUGUGUCCAAAAACAAGCUACAAAUGGACAGUACCAAAGCAAAUAAUCUAAUGAUUCUGUCUCUUCGCAGCAAAAUCUGCAGAGCUGGGAAGAUUGUAUCCCCCAUAUACAGUGGGGAGAACAAGUAUUUGAUACACUGCCAAUUUUGCAGGUUUUCCUACUUACAAAGCAUAUAGAGGUCUGUAAUUUGUAUCAAAGGUACACUUCAACUGUGAGAGACGGAAUCUAAAACAAAAAUCCAGAAAAUCACAUUGUAUGAUUUUUAAGUAAUUAAUUUGCAUUUUAUUGCAUGACAUAAGUAUUUGAUACAUCAGAAAAGCAGAACUUAAUAUUUGGUACAGAAACCUUUGUUUGCAAUUACAGAGAUCAUACGUUUCCUGUAGGUCUUGACCAGGUUUGCACACACUGCAGCAGGGAUUUUGGCCCACUCCUCCAUACAGACCUUCUCCAGAUCUUUCAGGUUUCGGGGCUGUCGCUGGGCAAUACGGACUUUCAGCUCCCUCCAAAGAUGUUCUAUUGGGUUCAGGUCUGGAGACUGGCUAGGCCACUCCAGGACCUUGAGAUGCUUCUUACGGAGCCACUCCUUAGUUGCCCUGGCUGUGUGUUUCGGGUCGUUGUCAUGCUGGAAGACCCAGCCAGGACCCAUCUUCAAUGCUCUUACUGAGGGAAGGAGGUUGUUGACCAAGAUCUCACGAUACAUGGCCCCAUCCAUCCUCCCCUCAAUACGGUGCAGUCGUCAUGUCCCCUUUGUAGAAAGCAUCCCCAAAGAAUGAUGUUUCCACCUCCAUGCUUCAUGGUUGGGAUGGUGUUCUUGGGGUUGUACUCAUCCUUCUUCUUCCUCCAAACACGGCAAGUGGAGUUUAGACCAAAAAGCUAUAUUUUUGUCUCAUCAGACCACAUGACCUUCUCCCAUUCCUCCUCUGGAUCAUCCAGAUGGUCAUUGGCAAACUUCAGACGGGCCUGGACAUGCGCUGGCUUGAGCAGGGGGACCUUGCGUGCGUUGCAGGAUUUUAAUCCAUGACGGCGUAGUGUGUUACUAAUGGUUUUCUUUGAGACUGUGGUCCCAGCUCUCUUCAGGUCAUUGACCAGGUCCUGCCGUGUAGUUCUGGGCUGAUCCCUCACCUUCCUCAUGAUCAUUGAUGCCCCACGAGGUGAGAUCUUGCAUGGAGCCCCAGACCGAGGGUGAUUGACCGUCAUCUUGAACUUCUUCCAUUUUCUAAUAAUUGCGCCAACAGUUGUUGCCUUCUCACCAAGCUGCUUGCCUAUUGUCCUGUAGCCCAUCCCAGCCUUGCGCAGGUCUACAAUUCUAUCCCUGAUGUCCUUACACAGCUCUCUGGUAUUGGCCAUUGUGGAGAGGUUGGAGUCUGUUUGAUUGAGUGUGUGGACAGGUGUCUUUUAUACAGGUAACGAGUUCAAACAGGUGCAGUUAAUACAAGUAAUGAGUGGAGAAUAGGAGGGCUUCUUAAAGAAAAACUAACAGGUCUGUGAGAGCCGGAAUUCUUACUGGUUGGUAGGUGAUCAAAUACUUAUGUCAUGCAAUAAAAUGCAAAUUAAUUACUUAAAAAUCAUACAAUGUGAUUUUCUGGAUUUUUGUUUUAGAUUCCGUCUCUCACAGUUGAAGUGUACCUAUGAUACCUUUUUUUUUUUGGUAAACUACGUGGCAAUGUAAAAAUUGUAUUUUUUUAUUGAUCCAAUACGUAAUAUAGUAUACAUUUGUCAUAAUUUGGUUGUAAUCCAGAGAGGUUAGAAAAUGUAUCAAGAACCUCUAUGAGGCUGUGGAGUGAUUCUAGUUGUAGAUUUAAAAGAAAACAUGAAUCAUCAGCGUACAAUGACACCUUUGUUUUUAAGCCCUGGAUUUCUAAUCCCCUGAUAUUAUUGUUGGAUCUGAUUUUAAUAGCUAACAUCUCGAUGGCCACAAUAAAUAGAUAUGCCGAUAGUGGACAACCUUGUUUCACUCCUCGACAGUUUAAAACUUUCUGAGAAAUAGCCAUUAUUUACUAUUUUACACCUAGGGUUACUAUACAUGAUUUUGACCCAUUUUAUAAGAGAUUCACCAAAAUUGAAAUGCUCCAGGCAUUUAUAUAUAAACUCCAGUCGUACUUUAUCAAAUGCCUUUUCGAAGUCUGCUAUGAAUAGCAGGCCUGGUUUCUCAGAUUUUCCAUAAUGUUCUAUUGUUUCCAAUACUUGCCUUAUAUUAUCUCCAAUGUAUCUUCCAUGUAAAAAACCUGUCUGAUUAGAAUGAAUAAUAUCCGACAAUACCUUUUUAAUUCUAUGCACUAUACAUUUUGCUAGAAUUUUUGCAUCACAACACUGAAGUGUAAGGGGCCUCCAAUUUCUUAAAUGGACUGGAUCUUUAUAUUUUCCACUUGUAUCCUGUUUCAGUAAUAAUGAGAUCAGACCUUCUUCUUGAGUGUCAGAUAAUCUACUAUUUACAUAAGAGUGGUUAAAACAUGCUAAUAACGGUCCUCUUAGUAUAUGAAAAAAGGUUUGGUAUACUUCGACUGGUAUGCCAUCCAACCCUGGAGUUUUCCCGGACUUAAAGUCUUUAAUUGCAUCCAGAAGUUCCUCCUCUGUAAUUUUAACCUUCACAUGAGUCUUUCUGUUUGGCUGUUAAUUUUACAUUAUCAAUAGAAAAAAAAUCUCUACAAUUAGCUUCAGUUAGAGGAGAUGGAGGCGACUGAAACGAAAACAUAUGCUUAAAGUACCUUGUUUCCUCCUUCAAAAUAUCAUUUGGUGAAUCAUGGGUUACUCCGUAACCAGUUUCAUUAAAUUAUUUUUGGUAGCAUUCCUAUGUUGAAGAUUAAAAAAUAAUUUGGUGCAUUUUCCCCCAUAUUCCAUCCAGUUUGCUUUAUUUUUAUAAUAUAUUACACUUGAUCUUUCUUGAAUAAGUUUCUCCAUUUCUUUUUGUUUUUCCUCUAAUUUAUUCUGAGCCUCCAUGUUACAGUUUUUAUUGCCAUCUAUCUGUUCUGUUAGACUUUCUAUUUCCUUUGUUAGUAUAAACUCUUUUGACCUAAAUUGCUUUUGUUUUCGAGAUGAGUACUGAAUUGCAUGGCCUCUAAAGGCACAUUUAAAGGUGUCCCAUACAAUAAGGGGAUUUGUGGUACCUAUGUUAUGUCGGAAAAAGUCAGUUAUAAAUUCCUUUGUCCUAGUUCAAAUAUAAAUUAUUAUCCAAUAGGCUUUGAUUAAAUUUCCAAUAUCCUCGCCCACGUGGAAAUUCAGUAAGAGUAAUGUAUAUGCCAAUUAUAUGAUGGUCCGACCGCAUUCUGUCCCUCUCCACCUUUCCCUCUUUCACUCUCACUCUUUUCUACUAUCCCACUAUUGCCUGUUAAUAAUAGUGGGAGAUUAUAAAACCAUUUGGGAUUACAGGAAUACUGUAUGCUCAGUAGUUAAGGAGGAACUUUGUAUUGUGGAUGACCUAAGCUGUGAGCAGGGCUUUCUAGGGCUUUACCUUUUCUUGUUAUCAUAUAUAUAUAUAUUUAUUGUGGAGGCAGCAUUUUCACUUUCCUUACUGAUACAAUAAAGGCUUGUUGGAACCCCCCUUCCUUUCAUCAGAGCAGGGUGACAACAAUCGUGUUUUCUUAUCUUGUUAAAACUCAAACCUCAUCUCCCUCUCGCUCUUCCUGCUCUCUCCUCUCAUCUGUCUCUACAGCUCCAUUGGAAACGUUUGUUGGACAGAAUCUUCCAUGAUAACUUCUCUGAGGAUGAAGAGAUAGUGGUGUUGGCUACUGACUACAUGGAGAAAGUCUCAGAGAUCAUCAAGACCACCUCCAAAAGGUGAGAGAGGGAGAGAGGGUAAAGGAGGGUGGGAGGAGGGAGGAGGGGAAGGGUGGAUGAGAGGCAGAGGAAGAAUGCAAAGGUUACAGAGUUGCAUGGAAAAUCAAUGGCAUAAGAUAUGAGUUUUGAGCAUGUGUAAGCAUUUUGUAAGAGUUGCUGAAUUAGUGUGUGUGUCCUUUACUAGGGCUUUUACUAUAUGUUAUGUCAUAUUGAAGUGUCUUAGUGUGUAAAGAUUUGUUUUUGAGUGUGUGUGUGUGGAGGGCGGGGGGGGGGGGGGGGAUCACUGGUGGUUGAACUUCCAGCUCUACUGUGGCUGAUUAGUAUCGAUCUGCACCCCCCACCUCGACACACACACAGUGUUGUGCUGUUAAAGGCAGCUCUUGCCAGACUCCAGAGGUGGCUGUGGAGGCUAGUGGGAGUCAGAGUGCUGGUUAAUACUGCUGACAGCUCUCCAAUACUGACUGGUGUUAUGCUCUACUCUACACUACACUUCACACCUGUCUGUCUGCCAGUCUGUAGUAGUCUGUCUGUAGCUGACUUUCAAUUGGUCUGUCUGUACAGCUUUUUUCUCUUUCAAUACUCUACACCUCCACCCUCCCUCCUUCAUAUCCCCUCCCUCUCUCAUCCUUCAUACCCCCUCCCUCUCUCAUCCUUCAUACCCCCUCCCUCUCUCAUCCUUCAUACCCCCUCCCUCUCUCAUCCUUCAUACCCCCUCCCUCUCUCAUCCUUCAUACCCCCUCCCCCUCUCAUCCUAUAAUAAAUAAUAAAUAAAUAAUAUGCAUUUAGCAGACGCUUUAUCCAAGCGACUUACAGUCAUGCGUGCAUACAUUUUGUGUAUGGUCCCGGGGAUCGAACCCACACUGGCCCCCCCUACCUCCCAGCUACACAUCCUUCAUACACCCCUCCCUCUCUCAUCCUUCAUACCCCCCCUCCCUCUCAUCCUUCAUACCCCCCCCAACCCCCUCUCUCAAUCCCUCAUAACCCCCUCUCCCCUCUCUCCAUCCUAUCAACCCCCCCCUCUCUCAUCCUUCAUACCCCCUCUCUCUCUCAUCCUUACGUACCCCCUCCCUCGGAACCCCCUCCCCUCUCAUCCUCGUACCCCCCCCUCUCUCAUCCUUCAUACCCCUCCCCCUCAUCCUCAUACCCUCUCUCAUCCUCAUACCCCCUCCCUCUCUCAUCCUUCAUACCCCCCCUCCCAUCCCGUACCCCCCUCUCUCAUCCUUCAUACCCCCUCCCUCUCUCAUCCUUCGUACCCCCCGCCCUCCUCAUCCUUCGUACCCCCUCCCUCUCUCAUCCUUCAUACCCCCUCCUCCUCUCUCAUCCUCAUACCCCCUCCCCUCCUCAUCCUUCAGACCCCUCCCUCUCUCAUCCUUCGUACCCCCUCCCUCUCUCAUCCUCGACCCCUCCCUCUCUCAUCCUUCGUACCCCCUCCCUCUCUCAUCCUUCAUACACCCUCCCUCUCUCAUCCUUCAUACCCCCUCCCCUCUCUCAUCCUUCGUACCCCCUCCCUCUCUCAUCCUUCGUACCCCCUCUCCUCCUCUCCCCAUUCCUUCGUACCCCUCCCUCUCUCAUCCUUCGUACCCCCUCCCUCUCUCAUCCUUCAUACCCCCUCCCUCUCUCAUCCUUCAUACCCCCUCCCUCUCUCAUCCUUCAUACCCCCUCCCCUCUCUCCCUUCAGCUGUAUUCCUGCUCUUAUCUCCUUGUCUCUGUUCUUGUACAUAUCAGUUCUUGAGUAAGAUGUUCUUUGAAAUUAGAAAAGAGACACAGUGGGGUGAGUGCUUUCAUACAAUUUCAUGUCACCUAAUAUCAGAUAAUGUAAUAAUAAUCUUAUCAUAAUCCUCUUUGCUAUAAUCAACCUUAUCAUCAUCACCAUGGUGACGACCGGCAUUACAGCCAAUCAGCUUUGAUCCUCACAUCUGGAGGCUCGGGAGAUUUUCUGUGUCUUUUCUUUAGUUGUUUUUCCCUUCUUUUCUCCUUUCUCCAUCUCUCUCUCCCUCCUGGUGAUUUCAGAAAUAAACCUCUCUUCCUGUUCCCUCCUUCUCCUGCCUCUCUUUCUACUGUCUGUUCUUUUUCAAUCUGUCCUCGCUCUCUUUUUCCAGUUUCGCUCCUCCACUCUUCUGUUUUUCCCUCCGUUGCUCCGUCUCUCACCCCUCUGUCAUCUCUCUUUCGCUCUCUCCCUCUCUAUUAUCUGUUUUUAAUAAAAGGUUAGCGUCGUUGUUUCCUCUCUCACAAACACACCACUGGGUGUGGCGGACUCCUGUUCCUACCGCUACCCACUGUGCACCCCUUGUUCAUUUGCAUAACUGACGAGAAAUGCCCCUGUGCUUCUCAGUAUGGGGUCUCUCCACUGAUCUUUAUGAGUCUCCAAUUACACAGCUACCCACACAUACACAAACACACACACAGGUACCAUUGAACAUUCACACCUACAUGAAAGCAAUCCCAUCGAUAUAAACAACCAAACACUCACGCCCAGACACACACAUCCGCUCACAAGCACUCUUUCUCUUUCUUAUACACACAUACACCUCUUUGGGACACACACAGUCACAUUUGGGCCCAGCAGGGAGUGAGGCUGUGACAGAGGUGUUUGACAGAGGCCAGCCAUACGUCUGUCUGUUUUAUGGAGCAGCAGAGCUGAAAGGCCCUGGGAGGUCACUAAUGCAGCCCAGAAACAGGACUUUGUCUGGCCUCUGGACACGCUGGGCUGGGGCAUCCCCAUGGGUUCCUGACACUCACACCACACCACACACUGCCUGGAGAGAGGGGGCGGGCGGACACACACUCACUCAUAGACACACUUGCAGGAAUGCACACAGUCUCAGUCUGUUCUCGCAGUGGGCACUCUGAGCUUCUCUACCUGCUGAGUGGCAGAAGGGUGACAGACAGUGAAAGAAAAGAAAGCACACACAGACAUACAUCCACUGUGUUCUGGAACAGUAUGUGUUCCCCUCCUGUCAUUCAUUCAGUCCAAAUCUCUGUGGGGCUCUGGCCCCUGUGUGUGGGAGUCAGAGGGAGAAGUAAAUCCACACACACUUCAACUUUUUACAAAGGCCUCCUUUGUGUGUGGGUUUCUUCUUUCUGUCACCCUCAGUUUAUUUCUCUAGUUGUUUGCGCACAUAUUCCUUUUCAAACCCUGUGCCGUCCCAUCUCUCUCCCUCUCCCACUCUCUUCUUUCACCCCCCCCCUCCCCCCACCCACACAUCCACCCUCCCGUCCCCCCUCCCAUCCCCCCACCCACCCAUCCUCCCAUCCCCCCCCCCCCCAUCUCCCCCACCCCCCCCCCCACCCCACCCAUCCACCCAUCCCCCCAUCAACCCUCCCAUCCACCCUCCCCUCCCUUCUCUUCUCCCCCCCACCCUCCCUUCUCUUCUCCCCCCACCCUCCUUCUCUCUCCCUCCCUCCCUCCCCCCACCCUCCUUCUCUCUCCCUCCACCCUCCUUCUCUCUCCCUCCCCCCACCCUCCUUCUCUCUCCCUGGCAGUGUGUGUAAUGCCCAUGUUGCUGGGUUCUAUUGACAAGACCCAGACAACUGCAUCCAAUCCCAUUAACCAGAUGAGCUGGUGUCCAAUGAGGCUGAGACAGUAAUGACAACACCAGUGUCUCUCUACAACCUCUCCUCCUCUCCCUCUCAUUCCCUCCUUUCUCUCUGCUCAUCCGUCUGUCACUAUCACUCACGCAAUUCUCAAGGGGAAGUGUGUAUGAAUGUGGUUGUGUGUGUGUGUGUGUGUGUGUGUGUGUGUGUGUGUGUGUGUGAGAAUAGUGAGGUUAGACUGUGGGUAGAAGCUGUACGACCAUUAUUACAGAAGGUAAUGUUUGCAGGUAUUCUGGUCAGACAAUGUAUUUUAUCUUAAUGAGCUCCAUUACAAUCCAGUCUUCUAAUGAUUUUUAAUUCCCAUCCCAUUGUUAUUCAGGGCUAUUGUUUGAUCAUUAGAAUACAUUUUACUAAAGCCUUUUCAUUUCCGUCUAAUCUCACAGGUCUCCUAAAUCUUCCCACCACCCCACACACCAACUCCAUCUGGGAUUAGAUUUUGACACACACACACACACUCUAGCUAUGUCCCUUACAAACAAGUCAUCUGCAACAAAUGAAUAAAACAGGUGUUUUAUUCAACCGAGUAAACAAACUCAAACACACAAACAAAACCAAGCGAAGCUGCCACACCUACAACACACUGAUCUGAUCUGAUCUGAUCUGUAUUGAUUAUUAGAGUUAUAUAAGAACAAGGACACUGUCUCAGUCUUCCUCUUCCUCCCUCCUCCUUCCUCCCUCCUCCUUUCUCUCUCUCUCCCUCGCUCUUCUCAAUUAAUUUCACUUCAGAAGUGCUUUGUUGGCGAGACACUGGGGCUGCUUUGCCAAGGCAAUUUUGAUUUUAUAUGCAGCGCACGUGUCAAAAAUAAAAACAGAAAACAAAAACCGUUUCACGUGGAGCGGAGUCUCGCAAUAGGAGACAGGGCCACUUGUCCUGAGGGCAGAAUGGAUAUGUUCACUCUGUGGGAUCCCUCAACACAUCAAGCACGACUUUACUUUACUGAGAAGGGAAAAUAACGUUUGAAUACAGUGCAUUUGGAAAGUAUUCAGACCCCUUGACUUUUUCCACAUUUUGUUACGUUACAUCUUAUUCUAAAAUGGAUUAAAUUGUAUUUUUUCCUCAUCAAUCUACACACAAUACCCCAUAAUAACAAAGCAAAAACAGGUUUUUAGACAUUUUAGCAACAAAACAAAAAAACACCUGUAUUUGGGGAAUUUCUCCCAUUCUUCUCUGCAUAUCCUCUCAAGCUCUGUCAGGUUGGUUGCGGAGCGUCGCUGCACAGCUAUUUUCAGGUCUCUCCAGAGAUGUUUGAUUGGGUUCAAGUCCGGCCUCUGGCUGAGCCACUCAAGGACAUUCAGAGACUUGUCCCGAAGCCACUCCUGUAUUGUCUUGGCUGUGUGCUUAGGGUCGUUGUCCUGUUGGAAGAUGAACCUUCGCCCCAGUCUGAGGUCCUGAGCGCUCUGGAGCAGAUUUUCAUCAAGGACCUCUCUGUAUUUUGCUCCGUUCAUCUUUCCCCCAAUCCUGACUAGUCUCCCAGUCCCUGUAGCUGAAAAACAUCCUCACAGCAUGAUGCUGCCACCACCAUGCUUCACCGUAGGGAUGGUGCCAGGUUUCCUGCAGACGUGACGCUUGGCAUUCAGGCCAAAGAGAUCAAUUUUGGUUUGGUCAGACCAGACAAUCUUGUUUCUCAUGGUCUGAGAGUCCUUUUGGUGCCUUUUGGCAAACUCCAAGCAGGCUGUCAUGUGCCUUUCACUGAGGAGUGGCUUCCGUCUGGCCACUCUACCAUAAAGGCCUGAUUGGUGGAGUGCUGCAGAGAUGGUUGUCCUUCUGGAAGGUUCUCCGAUCUCCACAGAGGAACUCUGGAGCUCUGUCAGAGUGACCAUUGGAUUCUUGGUCACCUCCCUGACCAAGGCCCUUCUCCCCCGAUUGCUCAGUUUGGCCAGGCGGCCACCUCUAGGAAGAGUCUUGGUGGUUCAAAACUUCUUCCAUUUAAGAAUAAUGGAGGCCACUGUGUUGUUGGGGACCUUCAAUGCGGCAGACAUUUUUUGGUACCCUUCCCCAUAUCUGUGCCUCUACAUAAUCCUGUCGCGGAGUUGCUCUGACUUGCACUGUCAACUGUGGGACCUUAUAUAGACAGGUGUGUUCCUUCCCAAAUCAUGUCCAAUCAAUUGCAUGUACCACAGGUGGACUCCAAUCAAGUUGUAGAAACAUCUCAAGGAUGAUCAAUGGGAAACAGGAUGCACUGGAGCUCAAUAUCGAGUCUCAUAGCAAAGGGUCUGAAUACUUAUGUAAAAAAGGGUUUUCUGUUUUUUAUCUUUAAUAGAUUAGCAGAAAUUUUAAAAAAAAACUGUUUUCACUUUGUCAUUAUGGGGUAUUGUGUGUAGAUUGAUGAGGAUUUUUUUUAUUUAAUCAAUUUUAGAAUAAGGCUGUAACGUCACAAAAUGUGGAAAAAGUCAAGGGGUCUGAAUACUUUCGGAGGUUAAGUUCUACUCUUCUGAGUCACUCUUGGAGUCCAUCUCUCCUCUCUUCCCCCCACCCAUACACUCUGUCUCUCUCCUCUCUUCCCCCCACCCAUACACUCUGUCUCUCUCCUCUCUUCCCCCACCAUACACUCUCUCUCUCCUCUCUUCCCCCCACCCAUAAUCUGUCUCUCUCCUCUCUUCCCCCCACCCAUACACUCUCUCUCUCCUCUCUUCCCCCCACCCAUAAUCUCUCUCUCCUCUCUUCCCCCCACCCAUACACUCUCUCUCUGCCUCUCUUCCCCCCACCCAUAACUCUGUCUCUCUCCUCUCUUCCCCCACCCAUACACUGUCUCUCUCCUCUCUUCCCCCCACCCAUACACUCUCUCGUCUCCUCCUUCCCCCCACCCAUACACUCUGUCUCUCUCCUCUCUUCCCCCCCACCCCUCACUGUCUCUCUCCUCUCUUCCCCCCACCCAUUCACUCUGUCUCUUCUCCUCUCUUCCCCCCACCCAUACACUGUCUCUCUCCUCUCUUCCCCCCCACCCAUACACUCUCUCUCCUCCUCCCCUCCUCUCUUCCCCCCACCCAUACACUCUGUCUCUCUCCUCUCUUCCCACCCACCCAUAAUCUGUCUCUCUCCUCUCUUGCUCUCCCCCACCAUACACUCUCUCUCUCCUCUCUUCCCCCACCCAUACACUCUCUCUCUCCUCUCUUCCCCCCACCCAUACACUCUGUCUCUCUCCUCUCUUCCCCCCACCCAUACACUGUCUCUCUCCUCUCUUCCCCCCACCCAUACACUCUCUCUCUCCUCUCUUCCCCCCCCACCCAUACUCUCUGUCUCUCUCCUCUCUUCCCCCCACCCAUACACUCUGUCACUCUCCUCUUCUCUAACCUGCUUGUAUCUCCUUUGCUGUACUCCCUCUUUCUGCCCACUUUUUCUGUCUUCUCCUAUAUUUUUAGAUUUUCCGGAGGAAUCCACGUUGAAUCUCUGUAGGGGCACUCCUUAAUUAUACAAUAAAGGCUUGUUAAAACUAAAACUCAAUGUCCCCCCCUCCUCUCUCUAUCUCUCUGUCUCUCUCUUCCCCUCUCUCUCGGUUUCCCCCCUCCCUCUCUUGGCAGGGUUCUCCAUAACUACAUGCUGUGGCGGAUUGUAGCAGCUCUCAGUGAACACCUGUCCACGGCGUUCCGGAGCACCAUCCAUGAGUUUUCCCGGGAGAUUGAUGGUACAGAGCGUCAGCUGGAGCUGGGGAUGCUGUGUCUCACCCAGGCUAACAAACACUUCGGCAUGGCCCUGGGAGCACUCUUCGUCCAGCAGCAUUUCUCCUCUCACAGCAGGGCCAAGGUAGGGCAGCUUCUAUCUCUGUCUCUCUGUUUCUACAUCUCUCCUCACAGCAGGGCCAAGGUAGGGCAGCUUCUAUCUCUCUCUCUCUGUUUCUACAUCUCUCCUCACAGCAGGGCCAAGGUAGGGCAGCUUCUAUCUCUCCUCACAGCAGGGCCAAGGUAGGGUAGCUUCUAUCUCUCUCUCUGUUUCUACAUCUCUCCUCACAGCAGGACCAAGGUAGGGCAGCUUCUAUCUCUCCUCACAGCAGGGCCAAGGUAGGGUAGCUUCUAUCUCUCUCUCUGUUUCUACAUCUCUCCUCACAGCAGGACCAAGGUAGGGCAGCUUCUAUUUCUGUAUCUCUGUUUCUACAUCUCUCCUCACAGCAGGACCAAGGUAGGGCAGCUUCUAUCUCUGUCUCUCUGUUUCUACAUCUCUCCUCACAGCAGGGCCAAGGUAGGGCAGCUUCUAUCUCUGUCUCUGUUUCUACAUCUCUCCUCACAGCAGGACCAAGGUAGGGCAGCUUCUAUCUCUGUCUCUGUUUCUACAUCUCUCCUCACAGCAGGACCAAGGUAGGGCAGCUUCUAUUUCUGUAUCUCUGUUUCUACAUCUCUCCUCACAGCAGGACCAAGGUAGGGCAGCUUCUAUCUCUCCUCACAGCAGGACCAAGGUAGGGCAGCUUCUAUCUCUCCUCACAGCAGGGCCAAGGUAGGGUAGCUUCUAUCUCUCUCUCUGUUUCUACAUCUCUCCUCACAGCAGGACCAAGGUAGGGCAGCUUCUAUUUCUGUAUCUCUGUUUCUACAUCUCUCCUCACAGCAGGACCAAGGUAGGGCAGCUUCUAUCUCUGUCUCUCUGUUUCUACAUCUCUCCUCACAGCAGGGCCAAGGUAGGGCAGCUUCUAUCUCUGUCUCUCUGUUUCUACAUCUCUCCUCACAGCAGGGCCAAGGUAGGGCAGCUUCUAUCUCUCUCUCUGUUUCUACAUCUCUCCUCAAAGCAGGGCCAAGGUAGGGCAGCUUCUAUCUCUAUCUGUCUCUCUCUUUGUUUCUUUCUGUAAUGGUUUGGUGAAGUAGAAUAGAAAAUUCCUCUUUCUCUCUCUCCAUCCCACUCUUCCAUCAUCACACCUUAACCCUCUCUCUUCUAGUCUGCCUCUAUAUAGUGUCUUCUUCAUUCUAAGGGAUGUGGUUUCCAAUGGCAUUUCUAACCCCUCUGACCCUUCUCUUUAUUUAAGCUCUUCAUCAUCUAUUCCUCCUUCUCUCUCUUCCUCUCUCACCCCUCUCUCCCCCUCUGUUGUGUUCAAUGCCAACCUAGCCUCAACACCCAAAACCUAGCCCUAGGCACUUUAUGUAGGAAUUUCCUACAUAUGACAGCUAACCCAUCCUUUCAGAUCUAUGAAAAGUGCCUAGGGGUAGGAGUAGGAGGCGAAUUCUCUAUUUGGCGUUGGGCGUACCUAAUAUAGCUAUCUCUCUGGCCCAUUCCCAAUGGAACCCUUAGAGAACUGAGCUCUAAUCUCCGAUCCCUGUUCUCUUCCCUCAGGUACAGGAGCUGGUAGAGGACAUAAAGCAUUCACUGGACCUCCGGCUGCAAGAGCUGGACUGGAUGGAUGACGUGACCAAGGAGGCAGCCAGGGCCAAGGUCUGGAUACCACACUAACUCAUAUAUAACCAAAAAGAUACUGUAGGCCUGCUGUAUUAGCAUUUAGGAUGAAGCAGGGGUUAUUUUAUUCUGGAUCAGUCUAAUACUGGUUUAUUAAAUCCCUAUCUCAAUAUGUUGUUUAAUACUGGAUUAUUAAAUCCCUAUCUGAGAAUGUUGUCUAAUACUGGAUUAUUAAAUCCCUAUCUGAGAAUGUUGUCUAAUACUUUCAGAAUGUACAGUCUUAAUCCUUUUAGAGCACUUGCUGAAACAAAAGGGUCUCCAGUGUAAUCCCAUUAUAACAGUAUGCUUGAUUAACUGUUGUGUGUGGUCUGUGAAGGAUAUGGCAGCUAAAUAUGUGCAGUGUCUAUUUUUCACUCCACCUGUCUCACUCUCUUUUUCUCCUCCUCUCUUUUCUCUGACCCUUUCCUCCCUUCCCUCUCGUAGCUGCAGCAUAUGAUGGUGAUGACAGGCUAUCCAGACUACCUACUCAAACAUGAGCUCAUAGACCAGGAGUAUGGGGUGAGACAACUUUUACUCCCUCAUUGACGUUCUCUCUCGCUCGCUCCCUCUCAUUGACUCUCUCUCCAUCUCUGUUAUUUGUUAUCCAGUUUGAUGUGGAUGAAAAUACCUAUUUCAAAAACAUCCUCAACAGCAUCAAGUUCAACAUCAAGAUGUCUGUCAAGAAGAUCCACAAGCAGGUGGACAAGACUGUGUGAGUGACACGUUCAAUUGCUCCAGAUGUUCAGUCUCACAAUAACACAACUACACACAGAUUCAAAGUUAUAUGCACCUCUUGACACAAAACAUUCCAUUUUAUGGCAAGAGUAAUAGAAGUGAAGAAUAUACAAGUGAUGUACCUACAAAUUGAAUAUACCAUAAGCUUGUCUUUUGUGUGACUGUUUAAAAUGUGCUCCUAGGACAGUACUCAAAAUGUAUGUGUCCAAACGAGCUGAAGCCCUCCACCCUGUACUGCCAAAUCAUGUAUUCCUCCUUUAUCACAAAUACACUCCUUUCAUCUCUCCCUCUGCAGAGGAAACAUGUCCUCAUGCCUCCAUCCGUCUCCCUAUCUCUCCGCUGCCGUAGGGCCAUCGGUCUUUCCCACCAGAACAGGGGCAUCUCUGAAUUUCAUUUGGGAUAUUUCCUCAAAUCGAUGUGUCUGGAUUUUAAAAGAUUAUGAUGAAGGGACUGUUUCCUUGUGCGGACAGGAACUCUCAAUAUUGGACUUAAUAUUGAAUAAUUUCACCUUAAAAUAUCACUUGAGAAGUGUCUUUGCAUCUCUUGUUGUUUGAAGAUGUUUAGUGAAUGUAGGAUUAAUAAACCCCUGAUUGACUUUGUUUCCCUCUCAGGUGGCUCCUUCCCCCUCAGGCCCUCAAUGCCUACUAUCUCCCAAACAAGAACCAAAUGGGUGAGUCAGUGUGUGAUCCCAAUGCACAUCAAUGCUCUUAGUAUACACAAGAUGACACUCCUCCUCUUCUUCUUCUUUCUGGUCCACCCAUGUGAUGAGGCGGCAGGUAGCUUAGUGGGUAAGAGCGUUAUGCCAGUGACCGAAAGGUCGCUGGUUCUAAUCCCCAAGCUGACUAGGUGAAAAAUCUGUCGAUGUGCCCUUUAAGCAAGGCACUUAACCCUAAUUGCUCCUGUAAGUCGCUCUGGAUAAGAGCGUCUGCUAAAAUGUUUUUAAAAAUGAGGCACCCACACGCCCUAACACACGUAUUCUGCAUUCACUUACUUACACCAGCCCCCCUCACCUCCCACCGACCCACACACACUUUGUCAUCUCCCCUCACUUUCCCCCUAGUGUUGGCCUCUAUUGGUGUCUGCGUCUGCCUUGUGGAUCAAAUUUACCUCACAGAAAAAUCAAUGGUGAGUUCCAGUGCAGGCAGCAGAGGACAGAGAAAGCCAGACAAACACAGCCAUCAGCCACAAGAGCUCAUUUUUUACCCUACCUCUCUCCCUCCCUCUAUCCAGCCCACUCCAAUAUCACUGCCUCUCUACCCCUCUCUUUAUCUUAUGCUAUCAUCUCUUUCUUUACUUUUAGUAUUCCCCGCUGGAAUCCUUCAGCCCACGCUGUACGACCCUGAGUUUCCACAGUGAGUUCAACUCUGAAUAUUUAGAAGUCAUUCAACUAAUCAAGACAUUGAUUAGUUGUAUCAAGUGCAUUAGUUAGUAGCCAGCUAGGCUGGAACGAAAGCCUGCACCCGCUGUACUGUAGCUCUCCAAGACAACCCCUAUACGCGAUUACAUUACCCUCGUAUUCUACCUCCAAACCAUUCCCCUUUCCCUUAAUGAUCACAACACAAUCACAGCUAUACUGCAACCCUCAAAACUCACUGCACAGUAUUAUUUAUUCACAUACUUAUUCCAUUAGAAGUGAUCACUCCACAUAAACGACCACUGCAUCCACUCAUGCAUACUGAUGAAUGGAAUAUGAUAUUAGAUGUGUGCAUGAUCGUGGUGCCUUUCCCUAGAGUUAUUACUGCAGUAGCCCUAACCUGCCAUAAAGACUGAGGCUAGCCCAGUGCUGCUAUCUGGCCCCAGGUAAUGAAGCCUUACUCAGCCUGUUCGUAUAUUCAGGUUUGGAGGGCAACUCUCGGCAGGGUAUCGACGUCCUGUCAGAAAGUCAUUUUCAGACUUAGCCAUGUGGAUAGCCGCGGGCCUCGGGCCGUCCCUGCAUUGCAUCAGUCUCCAUCUGCAUGGUCUGCCAGACUACACCCACCCGGGUCAAGGAGAGGUGGCCAGGACUCUCACUCUCUUUAGUUAUAGUGAGGGAAAAAAGUAUUUGAUCCCCUGCUGAUUUUGUACAUUUGCCCACUGACAAAGACAUGAUCAGUCUAUAAUUUUAAUGGUAGGUUUAUUUGAACAGUGAGAGACAGAAUAACAACAACAAAAAUCCAGAAAAACACAUGUCAAAAAUGUUAUAAAUUGAUUUGCAUUUUAAUGAGGGAAAUACGUAUUUGACCCCUCUGCAAAACAUGACUUAGUACUUGGUGGCAAAACCCUUGUUGGCAAUCACAGAGGUCAGAUGUUUCUUGUAGUUGGCCACCAGGUUUGCACACAUCUCAGGAGGGAUUUUGUCCCACUCCUCUUAGCAGAUCUUCUCCAAGUCAUUAAGGUUUCGAUGCUGACGUUUGGCAACUCAAACCUUCAGCUCCCUCCACAGAUGUUCUAUGGGAUUAAGGUCUGGAGACUGGCUAGGCCACUCCAGGACCUUAAUGUGCUUCUUCUUGAGCCACUCCUUUGUUGCCUUGGCCAUGUGUUUUGGGUAAUUGUCAUGCUGGAAUACCCAUCCACGACCCAUUUUUAAUGCCCUGGCUGAGGGAAGGAGGUUCUCACCUAAGAUUUGACGGUACAUGGCCCCGUCCAUCGUCCCUUUGAUGCGGUGAAGUUGUCCUGUCCCCUUAGCAGAAAAACACCCCCAAAGCAUAAUGUUUCCACCUCCAUGUUUGACGGAGGGGAUGGUGUUCUUGGGGUCAUAGGCAGCAUUCCUCCUCCUCCAAACACGGCGAGUUGAGUUGAUGCCAAAGAGCUCGAUUUUGGUCUCAUCUGACCACAACACUUUCACCCAGUUCUCCUCUGAAUCAUUCAGAUUUUCAUUGGCAAACUUCAGACAGGCCUGUAUAUGUGCUUUCUUGAGCAGGGGGACCUUGCGGGCGCUGCAGGAUUUCAGUCCUUCACGGCGUAGUGUGUUACCAAUUGUUUUCUUGGUGACUAUGGUCCCAGCUGCCUUGAGAUCAUUGACAAGAUCCUCCUGUGUAGUUCUGGGCUGCAUGGAGCCCCAGGCCGAGGGAGAUUGACAGUUAUUUUGUGUUUCUUCCAUUUGCAAAUAAUCGCACCAACUGUUGUCACCUUCUCACCAAGCUGCGUGGCGAUGGUCUUGUAGCCCAUUCCAGCCUUGUGUAGGUCUACAAUCUUGUCCCUGACAUCCUUGGAGAGCUCUUUGGUCUUGGCCAUGGUGGAGAGUUUGGAAUCUGAUUGAUUGCUUCUGUGGACAGGUGUCUUUUAUACAGGUAACAAACUGAGAUUAGGAGCACUCCCUUUAAGAGUGUGCUCCUAAUCUCAGCUCUUACCUGUAUAAAAGAAACCUGGGAGCCAGAAAUCUUUCUGAUUGAGAGGGGGUCAAAUACUUAUUUCCCUCAUUAAAAUGCAAAUCAAUUUAUAACAUUUUUGUCAUGCGUUUUUCUGGAUUUUUUUAUUUUUAUUCUGUCUAUCACUGUUAAUGGUAGGUUUAUUUGAAAAUUAUAGACUGAUCAUUUCUUUGUCAGUGGGCAAACGUACAAAAUCAGCAGGGGAUCAAAUACUUUUUUCCCUCACUGUAUUAACAGAGUUUGAUAUGAUAUCAACGGGUCAGAUUAUGAUUCAUCUAACAUUCUACUGUCCUCUUCAGGACGGGUUAGAACUGCAGGCUGAACAAAAGUUGAUCCGUUUUGUGUUAUUAUAAAUAUACAACAUUAUGCUGUUGUCUUCAUAUGUUAAGUGAUUAGUAACGCAUCCCCCCGUCUCUCCCUCCUCCCUCUAGAUCUCUGAACUAUGGAGGAAUAGGAGCCAUCAUCGGUCAUGAGCUGACACAUGGAUAUGAUGACUGGGGUGAGAGAACGCUUCUUUGUCUUACAUGUGUCCUAUAAAAUAUUAAAAUCCAAUGGGGCAUGAACAGUAGUAGACUAACAGUAGUCAAAUUGUAAUGUCAGUGUAAUAUCAGUUCUGAAUAAGGGGUUCAUGUCUUCUGUCCACAUUGGUCAUCCUAACUCAAGCCUCUUGCCCCCCCAUCUAAGUGGGUCGUCACUAUCAGACCAUGCUGCAAGGUACGGAAGUCUUGCCUCCGCUUAACCCAACCAAUGAAAUCAGACAAAUAACUUAAGAGAGUAAAAGGCUAUAGCCAACAACUGUACCUUGCAGCGUGGCUGAAUAGUGACCGCCAUGAUAAGUGAUCUUUCUCUUAGGGGGCCAGUAUGAUCGCUACGGCAACCUGAAGCAGUGGUGGACGGAGGAGUCAUACAAGAAGUUUCAGAAGAAAGCAGAGUGCAUCGUCAAACUCUAUGACAACUUCACUGUCUAUAACCAGAGGGUGGGUGCAUAGCAUACCUUGUUAUACUGCUUAUUAGAGACACACUCACACACUUGUAAUGUGAGUUGCAAUGGUAUCUUUCCCCUGUGUGUGUGUGUCUGUAGGUGAAUGGCCGUCUGACUCUGGGGGAGAAUAUAGCAGACAUGGGAGGCCUUAAACUGUCUUACUUUGUGAGUGAAAUCUUCCUAUAGGCUGUGCUAGCUGUCAAUCAUUACUGAUUACCAUCUGUCAGGGCUCUAUUCAAUCAGCAUCACGGAAGGUUCAGCUUUACAGCGUGAUUUACAUUUUUAAAAAAUGUUCCUGCUUUAGCGGAGACUGCAUUCACGGUAAACGCUGCAUAUGUCGGCUCAAUCGGAAAUUACCUUAAAAUGUAUAUCGCGGAAUCUGCUUCAGCGUUACAGAUUGAAUAGAGCCCUCAGUCACUGUCUCUAUGGACUAAUGACAAGCUACAGUAUGUUUGUAAGCCCGGGACUCAAAUCUCAUCUCUCUCCUCUCUCUCUACCUCUUUCACUCUCUCCAUCUUCUCCCACUCUCCAGGCAUAUCAAAAGUGGAUCAGAGAACAUGGUCCAGAAAGACCUCUCCCUGGACUCAAAUACACACAUGAACAACUACUCUUCAUUGCCUUUGCACAGGUACACAACAAACUAUGUACAGACUGUUGUUUAGUAUUGGGAAUCUUUUUCUUUUUAGUUGGAGUAAAGAUGAUAUUUUUUACGGCCUUUACUGCUAACUGUCUCCUCUCUCCUAUUAGAACUGGUGUAUGAAGAGACGGUCUCAGUCCAUAUACCUGCAGCUACUGACUGACAAGCACGCACCAGAGCAUUACAGGUACAUACACUUCCUCACUUUCCUGAUAUGCAUCAGCCUAUCACAGGCCAUACCUAAUAUGACUCCCCUCUCUGAUUGGAUCGUUCUCUCUCUAUCUCCUCCCCCCCUGCAGGGUGAUUGGCAGCGUGUCCCAGUUUGAUGAGUUUGCCCGAGUGUUCCACUGUCCAAAGGGUUCCCCCAUGCAUCCUGUCAACAAAUGUUCUGUAUGGUGACCCCUCAACACUCACCUCUGAACUCCACCACCCACCAACAACUAGAACUUACCUGUGACCUCAACUAAACUCUCCUAACCAACCUGUCUGAGAUGUUCUGUUCAGUUUCAUCUCAAUCCUAGGACUAUCUUUUUCUCUGAUCACAAAAUUUGCAAGCAAAUAAUGUCAUCACCAGCAGGCAAAACCAUGAUCACUUCACUGUCUACUCAUGUACAUAUCCUGUGCUUGACUUAGUCAGGAGCCCCUCAGAGCGGAGUACCGGCACCUCAAAUGUUCU